UGAACGAAUUUUGGACACCAUCUUUUAAAACACAAGUCUAGAGAAGGAGUUGGGUGCUUUGAGAAUAAGAAUAUAAAAUUUUUACUGCCUAAAAUUAAAAAAGAUUUUCUACUUAUUUAUUAGAAAAAAUAAAUUUAAGUAAAAAUGUCAAUGAUUUCUGCUCGUUUGGCUACAUCGGUGGCUCGUAGCUUGCCAAAGGCUGCCCAACAGAUUGGCGUGAAGGCAGCUUACCCAGUUGCCACUCUAGCCGCACGUAAACUUCAUGUCUCCAGUGCGCAACGUGGCGCUGAAAUCUCUUCCAUUUUGGAAGAGCGCAUCAUGGGCGUUGCCCCUAAAGCCGAUUUAGAAGAAACCGGUCGCGUGUUGAGCAUUGGUGAUGGUAUCGCUCGUGUCUAUGGUCUUAAUAAUAUUCAGGCCGAUGAGAUGGUAGAAUUCUCUUCAGGCUUAAAGGGUAUGGCCUUGAAUUUGGAGCCCGACAAUGUGGGUGUUGUCGUUUUUGGUAACGAUAAGCUAAUUAAACAGGGCGAUAUCGUGAAGCGAACCGGCGCUAUUGUUGAUGUACCCGUUGGCAGUGAGAUAUUGGGUCGUGUUGUUGACGCUCUGGGUAAUGCAAUUGACGGUAAAGGUGCCAUCAACACUAAGGAUCGUUUCCGUGUUGGUAUUAAGGCUCCCGGUAUUAUCCCACGUGUCUCGGUACGCGAACCUAUGCAAACGGGUAUUAAGGCCGUCGAUUCAUUGGUACCCAUUGGUCGUGGCCAACGUGAAUUGAUCAUUGGUGACAGACAGACUGGUAAAACUGCCUUGGCCAUUGAUACCAUCAUCAACCAGAAACGCUUCAACGAUGGUCAAGAUGAGAGCAAGAAAUUGUAUUGUAUUUAUUAUUUCGCCCAGUUCGGCUCCGAUUUGGAUGCUGCCACUCAACAAUUGCUAAAUCGUGGUGUACGUUUGACUGAAUUAUUGAAACAAGGUCAAUACGUGCCCAUGUCCAUUGAAGAUCAGGUCGCCGUAAUUUAUUGCGGUGUACGUGGUCAUUUGGAUAAGAUGGAUCCUGCUAAGAUCACUAAAUUCGAAAAGGAAUUCUUACAACACAUUAAGACAAGCGAGCAAAGUCUUUUGAGUCAAAUUGCCCAAGAGGGUAAAAUUUCUGAAGGCGCUGAUGCCAAAUUAAAAGAAGUCGUUACCAAAUUUUUGUCCACCUUCCAAGGUUAAAAAUGUUGUUAAUUUCUAAUCAAUGAAAACACGACCACCAGUACUAACGUAACCCAAUUGCAGCAGUUAAACCCUGAAUUUUGUGCAUUAGUCACAUUAAUUAAUUAUUAAAAAAUUUCAACGAAUGCAAAAAAAAAAAACCAUUCAAAGUCCUUCACAAGGAUGAUUAAGCUUAAAACAGAUUUUAAAAAAUUAUUAAAACUUAAUAAACUGCUAAAUAAGAAAAAAAGAAAAAAAAAAAAACGAACCUAGAAAAACAAAUGAAAACGUACUCAAAUUGAAGAAAUGAAAAGUCAUUCAUGUGUUACUACUCUCCACUCUUCUGUCCUUCAAACCCUAUCAGUAGUUAGUAAGCAUUCUAGAAGAUCAGAGCUAAACUCCUUUCACAGUCAAGCGAAAAAGCUGUUAUAGGACAGCAACAACAACAACAACAGCAGAAACAUUUGAGGGCUUUCUUUCGAACUAAGAGCGCGCCGAA